GUUCCUCUCGUCCUGCGGAAGUAAACAAGCUCAGCUGACGUGGAGCUGCGGAGCAAAACUGGACCAACCUGAACAUUGCGCUGCUUUUACAGCAACAAGUGUCCGUCCAGCUCCAUUCCGAGAGCUUUAUUUACUAUCUGAGAGCUUUAUUUACUAGCCAAGAGCUUUGUUUACUAGCUGUCUUCUUGCUGGGGUCGUCUAAACUCCCGGGAUUAACGCAACGCAAACAGAAAGACAAACAUGGCGGACGAGGCUAACAGACAAUUCGCCGGACUUUCGGACGUCUCUAUCUCGGAAGAUAUCCCCGUGGAGGGAGAUAUUUCUGUGCCAAUGGGUUCCUCUUCCUCCAACAGACAGCGGGGGGAAGAGGAUGAGUUCUCCACCCUGGAUGAGCCUGUGAAGGAGACCAUUUUGCGGGAUCUUCGGGCGGUGGGCAGUAAAUUCAUCCACGUGCUGUACCCGAAGAGGAGCUCCGUGCUGCUGCGGGACUGGGACCUGUGGGGCCCGCUGCUGCUGUGCGUCACCCUGGCCCUGCUGCUCCAGGGAGGAGCCGCGGACAGCGAGGACCAGGGGGGGCCGCAGUUCGCUGAGGUCUUCGUCAUCGUGUGGUUCGGCUCCAUCAUCAUCACCCUGAACUCCAAGCUUCUGGGCGGCACCAUCUCUUUCUUCCAGAGCCUGUGUGUGUUGGGAUACUGCAUCAUGCCUCUGACGGCGGCCAUGGCGGUGUGUCGUAUCGUUCUGGUGGGCGGCUCGGGGACAGUAAGCUUCAUCGUGCGCCUCGUGGUCGUAACGGCGUCUUUUGGUUGGUCCACCUUCGCCUCCACGGCUUUUCUCGCCGACAACCAACCCCCCGGGCGAAAAUCUCUGGUCGUUUACCCCGUGUUCCUGUUCUACUUCGUGAUCGGGUGGAUGGUCCUGACGUUCUCUCCGUCACAGUAGAACGAGUGUUUGUUCAAACUGAGCGAGAGGAGGGAGGGGUUUUGUGGAGUGAAAUAACUCAAACAAUCUGCCUCUGAGGGAAGAGGAAAAACUACUGAAGUGACUGUGGGUGUUUUCCGAGCUUCUGAUAAAGCUCCAGAGGCUCGUGGGACAUCAAAAUAAUUCCUCUCAGAUUCAGACGGUGGACGCUGUGCUGCACACGGUGAAAAGCGAAUGAAUAUCUUCUCCUUAUGAGCUGUGUAAUGGUUAAAUACAUAGUCUUGUAUGUGCUCUAUGAAUGUUGGAACUACCAGGGCUUUGAUAUCAUAUUUUAUUUUACUCCCGGUCAAAGAACGUGUUUAUUUCUAGGGUCCUUUCCAAUACUACAUUCUUUACUUUUAGACGUUCAGCAGAGGCGCUCCUGCAGCUCGACCACGCAUCAGUGAGCAGCUGUGAUUUCUGGUGAUUGUUGUCCCUUUCUUUUAGUAUUUUGGGGCCGAUUUUUGAUUUUAUUAGACAGAUUACAGGAGACAAAGAGAUUGGGAAGACCUCUCGUCCACAAGAGUCGGGGAAAUAUGAAGCUUCAGCCACGUUAGCUUAGCUUAGCAUGAAGUAAAGGAACAGGGGAAACGAUUAGCUUCUUUCUGUCCAAAGUUAACAACCUACCAUCACCUCUCAAACUAUAAAAGAUUAAUUAACAUGUCGUGUUUUGUGUGAAUACAAUAAUUAAUAUGUCGUCUUGUGCACAAUACUUUUCUGUGGGGUAUCAAUCUUCUCAUCCAACCCUUGGAUGGAAAAAGGAUAAUUGUAUUUCUCAAAAAGCUUCCUUAAGGAUGUAAUGUAAAUUAGAUGUAACUUCAUUACGUUGCAUAGCGCCGUCACCACUCCACAUGGAUUCAGAAAGAUGUGAAAACAGUCUGAUUAACAGCUUGUGUCAUUCCUCUAACGCCGGCAUGUUGCAUGUUGGCAGUCAGCUGGUUUUAAAAGGCACAAUGAGUAGUCUGUUGCGCUUUGUAAACAAAAAAAGCAUCACCUGAUUCUCUCUGGAACGAGUUGUGUUUGCUUAGCAUCUCGCCCACGAUUUAUUUGCAUUUCUUCAGCAACGUGUUCGCCAUUUCUGCAGCUUCUGCUUCUUGGAUGCAUGCUUACGAUUUAGUACGUUAGACGUUGAGACUCAGCUGGUUCUGCAGAUACACGAUUAGAGAGGGUGAUACGUGAAGAUUGAGAAAUCAUACUCGUUGUGCCUAUUGUGGUUGUGCCAUUUAAUAAGUCAACCUUUGUUUGUGCUUAUUGUCUAAAGUCUUCUUGAAUAAACCAACAUUAAGAGAAAUCAGAGCUUACUACUAUAUCAUAUUUAUGACUACAGGACAUUCAGUUUCACUGUUUUCUGUCUCGAGUGAGAGAUGGACUUCUUUCGGUUUUCUUUAAAUUGAUUAAUUGAAAUGUCCAUCUUUACUUCCUAUGCUUAACGCUCUUUGACCAUUUACUUGUUGACAUGGAUGCUCCCUGAAUUUGGUUGUCAACGGCAUUCUGGGAAAUGUAGGAAAUGGCUGCAGCAGAUUGAGGGAAAAAUGGUAAAUAAAAAAGAAUAAAAUUGUAAUAUUUCUCAGAGAUAGUGAUUGGAUAUCUCGCUCUUCUUCAUCGACUGUUUUCUGCCCUUCUACUAAUCUCUCUGAUGACCUCUGACCUCUGUCGACAGAUAACCUGUUCUUUAAGUUCCCUUUAAAAUCACCAAGUUUUAAUUUAUAUGAUUUCCUUUACAGAAAGAUUAAAAUAUAAUGAAUCUGC